ACGGCCGCCCUUCCUAUGUCUCCUCUUCUGAUUGGUGUUCAUCCUGCCGCCUCUCCUCGCCAGAUCUCGCUGAUCCCUGCCGACCGACGGAAUUUCUGGCGCCGAGGCGAGGUGGGCCGUGUGAGACUCUCCAUCGAGGGCCUGAGGGUUCCAGCCGGGAGGAGUUGGAGGAACCGCCUCCGGCCUGGGGGGGGAUCGUAGUUACUGGCUGGACUGCGUGUCCGUUGUGCACUUCUGGUCUUCAGUACUUGCAGAGUCUGGUAGAGUUGGACUCUGGAAGGCUGUGGAGCAGUCUAGAAGCAGCAUGGCCAGUGGCCAAAAUGGCACCACUCAGCACCAAGGGCAGGUGGCUGUGCUAGCUUCACGCAAGAGACCAUGGAGCGUGGUGGCCUGGCAGAGCAAGGCCGAAUGGGACCAAGUGAUGGUGGGACUGUAUUGUGGGGACUGCCAGAUGCAACAGGAUGCGCUGGACCGAGUGUCUGCUUGGAAGAGCAGGUAUGGGCACAGAAUGCCUUUAGCUGUGGAAUGCACUGCGGAUCUGAUUCGUUGUAAAAUCCUGGAUGCUUCUGGUGCUCUGAAAUCCCAUGAACUGGUCCUCACAUAUGGUCUGGCUCUUGUGAGGUUUGUGAAUCUGAUCACAGAGCGGAAGCAGAAAACAAUCAUUGUGCCCCUGAGACGGCUAGCUACGGAGCUGGACAUCCCAAUUUGGAUUGUGGACCUCCGCCAUGAUCUGACCCAUGGGAACCUUCCCCAGCUUACUGCUUGCCGAAAAGGGUGCAAUGCCGUCCUGGAGUGGCUCCGGCGUACAUACUGGAGCCACCAGUUAGGCAAUAGCCUUGCUGGACAAUAUGAAGAGGAGGAUGAAGAUGAGUUGCCUGCAAUAGACAUUGAGGCAGAGACAGACAGCAGUCCAAAGGAGUCUGAUAAACUGAAAUUGCCUGUCUGUCAGGAGCACCAGGAGCUUCGGAAAAAAGUCAUAGAUGUUUUGCUUUCCUAUAAAAAUCAGCAAUUUGGGGUUCUUCAGAAGCUGCAAAGUGUCGACAAGGCCCUGAAACAGUGGUGCAGCUCUUCCUCAGACGUGCAGUGGGUCGUGGCCCAGAUGAAAGACUUAUUGCAAGACAAUAGGCAGGUGGUGGCCAGAACAUUGCUUGGCGACGGCUUUCUCAUCCCAACUGCAGAAGAGCUGCGGAUCUUAAAUCUCAGCCUUCAAGAAACCAAAGAGUGGGAUUUUAGAAUCCCCCCAACAUUCCUUCGCUUCUGGCAGCCCCUGCUGAAGGAUCUCCAUUCCAGAGAUUUCACACAGACCCUCCUCGAGAGAAUGUUCAGUGAGCUGAAGCAACAUGCGCGGGGAUUUGGUCUCCGAACACAGUACCUCAUCAGCUGGAUCACGGAAAUUCUAAAGACCAACAUGCAUGCCAAGAAAAAGUCAAAGCGCUCUUCCAGGAGCUCCAAAAAUAGAAAUGAAACCUCUCCAGUGCUUUUUCUCCAUCGUGUUUCACUUCAGUGGCUGAAGCUCCUUGAGGAUUGCUUGGAAGCUCCUUGUUGGGCAAGCCCCCACCUCCUGCAUCUGAUUUUGCGGAGCAUGGAGCCCCCUUUGCCUUCAGACACGCAGGAGAAACUUCUCUACCUCACCUCCAUCUACACCCAAGAAGAUGAUUCCCUUCCUAGCCCAGGCUCAGCUGUAGACCUCCGCCGACAGCCCAUUUAUACAGUGGAAAGCUUGCAGUGGAAAGCCGAACAGAGCGGGGCAGCCCGCGGGCUCAACAAGAGGGCAGGAAGGCCAGAGGGGCCUGCCCAAGAAAGAGACCUGGCCGAGGAAGAGAAAGAGAUGAAAACUCAGUCUCUGCAUUUGCCUGAAUCGUUCCAUGCUGAGAACUCCAUGGCUUUGGCUGAGAAGAGGGCAGCACUCCAGGGGUCGGCUUGGCAAGUCAGCUCAGAGGGAACAAAGUGGCAACAGUACCCUCUGGGAAAACUGCCUGGUCAGACAGAUGACCCUGAUGCCCUCCAAGUGGAAGAGUAUUCUGUGAUGUCAGCGUUUGAGCAGCUAGUGAACGGAGAAAGGAGAACCCUUCCUUGUGUUGCCUCCUCAGAAUGGAUUGGGUCUGGUGCCGAGGGAUUAUUAUGGACCCAGAGCGAUCUCCAUAAAUUAAAAAAUGGUCUUCAGCUUUUUUGAGUGGAAUUUCAACAGCCAAGGCACACAAAUGCAUCCGUGUUACAAAGGAAGAGAGAACAGAAGAUGCUGAUGUGGGUCCAGCCUUACCAGUGAAUUCCUGUCCAGGGCAGCUCAUUACUUAUUUGCAGGGGCUGAUUUUUGCCAUAAAAUUAUGGUGGGGAAAAUGAAUGUGUAAACUUCUUGCCUUAUGUUAAUGGUUAAAAAUAAAACUAUCUACCGUUAA